GCCGUCCCACAAUACCAGGCGGGAGGGCGGGUAGGCGGUUUGUAUCCGGGCUGCGAGGUGCUCGGAGCGUCCGCGGACCCUGCUGCCUCUGUCUCUUUAACGCGAGAGGAAGCGAUGCAGAGGGGUGGAAAAUGGCAGAGCUGCAGAUGUUACUAGAGGAGGAGAUCCCGUCUGGCAAGAGGGCGCUGAUAGAGAGUUACCAGAACCUGACCCGGGUGGCGGACUACUGUGAAAACAACUACAUACAGGCUACAGACAAGAGAAAAGCUUUAGAAGAGACCAAAGCCUAUACAACCCAAUCCCUAGCUAGUGUUGCAUAUCAAAUCAAUGCAUUGGCCAACAAUGUACUCCAAUUGCUGGACAUCCAAGCAUCUCAGCUUAGGAGAAUGGAGUCUUCCAUCAAUCAUAUCUCUCAGACUGUGGACAUUCAUAAAGAAAAAGUGGCUCGAAGAGAGAUUGGUAUUUUGACAACAAACAAGAAUACAUCAAGAACUCACAAAAUAAUAGCACCUGCAAAUAUGGAACGCCCUGUAAGGUAUAUUCGGAAACCUAUUGACUAUACAGUUCUGGAUGAUGUGGGCCAUGGUGUUAAGUGGCUAAAAGCCAAGCAUGGAAAUAACCAGCCUGCAAGAACUGGCACAUUGUCGAGAACAAAUCCUCCUACUCAGAAACCACCAAGUCCUCCCAUGUCAGGCAGGGGAACGUUGGGACGGAAUACUCCUUAUAAAACUCUGGAACCUGUUAAACCCCCAACAGUUCCUAAUGACUACAUGACAAGUCCUGCUCGGCUUGGAAGUCAGCACAGUCCAGGCAGAACAGCAUCUUUAAAUCAGAGACCAAGGACACACAGUGGAAGUAGUGGAGGAAGUGGAAGUCGAGAAAAUAGUGGAAGCAGCAGUAUUGGCAUUCCCAUUGCCGUGCCUACACCUUCACCACCCACCAUUGGACCAGAAAACAUUUCUGUCCCUCCUCCUUCUGGAGCUCCACCAGCACCACCUCUUCCACCACUCCUCCCAGUGAGCACUGUGAUAGCAGCCCCGGGCUCAGCUCCUGGUUCCCAGUAUGGCACAAUGACCAGGCAGAUUUCACGACACAACUCUACCACUUCCUCGACGUCUUCUGGUGGCUACAGACGAACUCCCUCUGUGACUGCUCAAUUUUCUGCUCAGCCUCAUGUUAAUGGAGGUCCACUUUAUUCUCAAAAUUCAAUUUCUAUUGCUCCACCCCCUCCCCCUAUGCCUCAGUUGACUCCACAGAUACCUCUCACAGGCUUCGUGGCCAGGGUGCAGGAAAACAUUGCUGAUAGUCCAACACCACCACCACCACCUCCACCAGAUGAUAUUCCCAUGUUUGAUGACUCUCCACCUCCGCCACCACCACCUCCAGUGGAUUAUGAAGAUGAAGAGGCUGCAGUAGUUCAGUACAAUGAUCCAUAUGCAGAUGGGGAUCCUGCUUGGGCUCCUAAAAAUUAUAUUGAGAAAGUUGUGGCAAUAUAUGAUUACACAAAAGACAAGGAUGAUGAGCUAUCGUUUAUAGAGGGUGCAAUCAUUUAUGUAAUAAAGAAGAACGAUGAUGGAUGGUAUGAAGGAGUCUGCAAUCGAGUGACUGGUUUGUUCCCUGGGAACUAUGUAGAAUCAAUCAUGCACUAUGCUGAUUAAACUUUUGCUUUAAAAGUAGGUUAUUAUUACUGUGUCAUGCUGUGGGACUAUUAUGGUUAACAGAAUUGUCUUAAAAUGCGCCCAUAUUUUCAGGACAUGCUGUUUUAUUGGUAUAAUUGAAUGUCUACCUGUAAGCAUAAAUCUUUGAGGCAGUUUCUGUAUUGCUAAAUAGCAACUUACACAGACACUGUCCAUAACUGAUUAUGCUUAAUAUACUUACAUAAUGUUAACUUUAUGACCAGCCUAAAUAUUCUGGGGGUGUGGGGUAUAAUAUUUAACAAAUCAUGAUUCAGAUUGUACCAUUUACAUGUUCAGUGCAGCAUGGUUACUAAUGCUAUGUCAAACUAAUAUUAAAAUCAAAAAACUUAAAAGCUGGUGCUGGUCAUACUUUUAUUUAGAUUCUCUGAUUCUUCAAAUAUACUAUUUGUUUAAAGCAUGCAUACAAAUUCAUGUAAUGAAAUAUACUUUAAAAAAUCCAAGAUGCUUACAAUUUGUGUAAUACUUGAGAGUAUUUGUACUGAGGUCUCUUGAAAUGAAUUGAGUCUCUAAGGUCUCCAUGUGAAACAAAGGGUUAUCUGUAAUGUUGUAAUUUGUACCUAAGUUUUUUAAUGAGUGAAUUUGCAUUAUAAAUUUUUUCCAUUCAUAAAUAUAUAAGUGAACCAAAGGUUUUUGUCCUUUCCUUCACUGGUUUGCUUUAAAAAAAAAAGGAAUAAAUGAUACUGAUUUAUUGCAGAAUUAUGGUUCUAUUUUCUCAAUAUAUUAACUUGGAAAAACAUUUUAGCCUUAUCUCACUGUCCCAACAGCAAUGUGACUGAUUUUGCAGAUUUAAAAUCUGAAUGGUUAUUUACAAGUCAAUCUACUGAAUUUCUUUUCUAAAGUAACUUUUUCAAAGCUAAGAAAAUGUGUCAAAGUGUGCACAUUCUGUAAGUAAAAUCUUAAGUAUUGCUGUGGUUAAGCAAUUCCUCAAGUUUUUCAGUGGACUGUUGUAUAUUGGUCCAAUGAAAGGAAAUUAUAAUUCUUUUACAUAUUGUUUUAUACAAGUGAAUGCAAUUGAUCUUUGAACAGGCACUAUUUAAUCCAUUAUCUGGCACUAGCAACAAAAAGAUUUUUAAAAUAAAAUAGUUGGGGAAAAGGUGGGUCAUGUAUUAAAUCAAUAAAGAGGAAUAUAUAUCUGACCAACAGAUUUGUAUUGUCUUUUGACGUAAUUGAAAUGCAACACAUGCACUUUGUGUGUCUCCUCUUAAUUUAAGGGAGGUUUAGAGGGAUGUUUUCUUAUUUUAUGUAUAAUUCUUUAUUGCCUAGAAUAUUAAAGUAGAGCACUCAAUUGUGGGUUUCUGUGUAUUGAGGAUUUGUUUCGAUUUCAAAUCGCAGUCAUGUACUGAGUGUUACAGGCUUAAAAAGCAUAGUAAGUGGUAAGAAUAGUGCAGAAAUUUAUUUCUGAAAAUUAAAGACCAUUAUUGCUAUAAAAUCAAUGUGACUGAUGCAUAUGCAUUUUGCCUUUGUUAACUGUAAACAUGAUUUCAUUAUCACUAGUGUUCAACUAGCUACUUUAAUUUUUUUCCAGUGAAAUGUUCUCUUUUGUAUAUAACCUGGUGUCUAAAUUUUAUGUACAGUCUUUUAUAAUAAACCAGUCUCCUAUAUUCAGUUUUGGAUAUUGUUAAAAUCUAAUUGGACUGAAAUGUAGAUCUGUCCAUUUUCUGAUCUUUAUUCCAUGAUAAAGAGAUAAACCAUUUGAAUUUUAACAUUAUUUAUUUGUGUAAUGGCUUUACAUGUGGAUAUUAACAGUGUAAACAAUACCACAUAAAACCCACAAGAUAGCGAUUUGAAUUUCUAGGACUAGACAGAUUCAGAUGGUUUAAUGACAUUUAAAAAGUUUUCUGAAAAAAUUUAUCAAUAAAAAAAUUGCCCAUCAUAAGGGUUGAAAUGA